AUCGCUCCAUCCCUCCAUCCGCCCAUGGGACGUACUGAGCGCUCCCUUGGCGCGGGGCUCUGUACUGAGCGCCGGGGAGAGGCCGGUAAUGGAAGACGCGAAGAACGCGUCGGCGUGUGAAGCCCACGAGCCUCCCUUCUCCGGGACCCUUUUGCAAAGUCUUGAUCUCAAAGGGAGGUUUCUCUUUGCCACCUUAACCUUAAUGACGCUGAUUGCACACCUGGUGUUUUUAGAGGAAGUCUUCUAUAUCUACAGGAAAAUUCCCUCCUCUAAGAAAUCCAUUUUUAUUUGGAUCAAUGCCUCAUCACCGGUGAUAGCUUUGACCUCGUGCUUGGGCAUGUGGAUUCCGCGCUCCACCAUGUUUACAGACUUCGCUGCGGCAGCUUUUUUUGCCAUUGUGAUCCACAAGUUCCUGCUGAUGAUGAUUAAAGAAUGCGGCGGUCAGAAGAUGUUCCUCAGGCGAUUCGAACACGGGCAAUUUAAGAUCAGCACAGGCCCCUGCUGCUGCUGCUGUUUCUGUCUCCCUUUUCCUCGCAUCACCAGGGGAUCGCUGUUUUGGCUGAAGGUGGGAACGUUCCAGCUGACUGUCCUGCAACCUGUGCUAAUCUUCCUGGCCAUCGUACUUUGGACCAACGGGACCUACAGCGUCUCUGAUUUAUCGCCCCGCGGGGCAGCGGUGUGGCUCGGCGGGCUCGGCGGCGUCCUCACCGUCAUCGCCCUGUGGCCCGUGGGAAUCCUCUUCCAACACGUCCGAGGGCUCCUCGCCCACAAGAACAUCAGCCCCAAGUUCGCCCUGUUCCAGUUUUGUCUCGUUCUGAACCACAUCCAGUCGGCCGUCUUCAACGUCCUAGCUAUGGUAGGGACCAUCUCCUGCUCGCCGCCUCUUCCCCCGUCAUCCAAAGGAGCACAAAUGAACCAGCAGCUCCUCAUUACGGAGAUGUUCCUCAUGACGUUGGCGUCGAGGGUCGUCUACAGGAAACGCUACCGCGAUCUGGACCCCCCUGCUGAUCCGGACCCCGGCCCGACCGACCCAGCCGGAGGAGGAGGUGGUGUUCCACGGCUCUAGAAGUCCACCCGUGGGAAGUAGCCGUCCCCCCCAUUCUCCCGUUGGCUGCAGGAUCAUGGCUUCACGGCAAGAGCCCGGCCUUGGGACUGAGAGGACGUGGGUUCUCAUCCCGGCUCUUCCACUUGUCCGCUGUGCGACC